UCCGCCCCUCCGGACCAGCCCGGGUCUCCGCUCCGCUGUCCGCCCGAGAGGAGCUCCGAUCAGGGUUGCUGAGAGGUCAGAGGUCACAGGUCAGGUCAUCAUGCAGAGCAUCAAGUGUGUGGUUGUGGGUGACGGAGCGGUGGGGAAGACCUGCCUGCUCAUCUCCUACACCACCGGAGCCUUUCCCAAAGAGUACAUCCCGACUGUGUUCGACAACUACAGCAGCCAGGUGACGGUGGACGGCCGGACGAUCAGCCUGAACCUGUGGGACACGGCGGGGCAGGAGGAGUACGACCGGCUGCGAACGCUGUCCUACCCGCAGACCAACGUCUUCGUCAUCUGCUUCUCCAUCUCCAGCCCCGCCUCCUACGAGAACGUCAAGCACAAGUGGCACCCCGAGGUGUCCCAUCACUGUCCCGGCGUGCCGGUGCUCCUGGUCGGCACCAAGAGCGACCUCCGAAACGACGGUGAGAUUCAGAGGAAGCUGAAGGAGCAGAACCAGACGCCCGUCACCCACCAGCAGGGCGCCGCCCUCGCCCGGCAGAUCCACGCCAUGCGCUACCUGGAGUGCUCCGCCCUCAACCAGGACGGCAUCAAGGACGUGUUCGCCGAGGCCGUCAGGGCCUUCCUGAACCCGCAGCCCGCCGUCACCAAGAAGCCCUGCGUGCUGCUGUAGGCCACCGCCGCCUCGCGCUCACCUGGGCGGAGCCAAACGUCUGGAGCUCAGGGGCGAAAAUUAUGUUGAAAAAUAAGUUUGGUUAGAAUUUAACUUUUUAUUAUCUUUAGAGACAAUUUUAUAAGGCAAGUUUGGGGCUUCAGACGGGUUUGGGACAUCGAAGUGGGACAGUCCUCAGGAACAGGGAUGGAAGGGUUUUUUAGUGUGUUUUGUUUUUUGGGGUUUUUUUUUGGGGGGGGGGGGUCAGGGGAAAGAGCAGACUGAGAAGAAAGGAAAGAGAAACACAAAGUAAAGAGCUCAUGUAAAUAAGAAUGAGGAACAUAAAGAAACGAGUCUGAUUUGGACUCAUCAGGUUUAGAGGAUUUUAUUCAGAGAGAGAGAGAGACAGAAAGAGAGAGACAGGGAGAGAGAGAGAUAAAAGAGAGAGAGAGAGUCAGUAGAUGAAGAUGCCAAAGCCUCUCAUCCCACAGAUAUGAAGCUCUUCGUAACAUAUCAAGGUUGUGUUCAGGUUCACAGCCGCGCAUCAAUGUUAAAAAAAAAAAAAAA